GGAUACAGCCGAGCGUACCCUGACUGGACCAGUCAGCCUUUGCAUAAACAUUUCCCUGUAAACUGUCAAAAGACAACACGCUUCUCUACUUCUUACUUUACCUUUUUGCCUUUUCUUUUCUUUUCAAACAGAUCUCACUUAAUUACUCACAACCAAUUGUACUUUUGUUAUUGUUAUUGUUAUUGUUGUAGUUGUUGUUGUUGUAAAAUCAUUCCUUCUUCAUCUAUGGCUGGCUUCAGAGCUGAAGAUGACUAUGAUUACCUUUUCAAGGUCGUGUUGAUUGGUGACUCUGGUGUGGGCAAGUCUAAUCUGCUCUCCAGGUUCACUAGGAACGAGUUUAGUCUCGAGUCUAAGUCCACCAUAGGUGUUGAGUUCGCUACUCGUAGUUUGAAUGUUGAUGGCAAGGUCAUCAAGGCUCAGAUUUGGGAUACUGCUGGCCAGGAAAGGUACCGUGCCAUAACCAGUGCUUACUACCGUGGAGCUGUUGGUGCCCUUCUGGUGUAUGAUGUAACUCGGCACUCCACAUUUGAGAAUGUAGAGAGGUGGUUAAGGGAGCUGAGAGAUCACACAGAUCCCAACAUUGUGGUCAUGCUCAUUGGUAACAAAUCAGAUCUCCGCCAUCUCGUUGCUGUCUCAACCGAGGAUGGAAAAUCUUUUGCUGAAAGGGAAUCUCUCUUCUUCAUGGAAACAUCUGCCCUUGAGGCUACUAAUGUGGACAAUGCAUUUGCCGAAGUUCUGACUCAAAUCUACCGCAUUGUUAGCAAGAAGGCUAUGGAAGCCGGUGAUGAUGGAGCAGGAUCUGCUGUACCCUCAAAAGGUGAGAAAAUUGAUGUGAGUAAAGACGUUUCUGCUGUGAAGAAAGCCGGCUGCUGCUCAGGCUAGAGUUUUGUAUUAUUUUGAAUGGAUGUGUCUCCUUUGUUUAGCCACAUCUGUUCUCUCUAGAACAUCAUGUAAAAUUUUCGAAAAAAAUGCCAGCAGUAGGAGAGAAGGCAUGGAUUAUUUUUCCAUCAUAUUCAAAAUUUUUCCAGA